AUGGCAGCGAAGAAGAGAAGCAUCCGACGGCGGAGAUCCAGUAGCAAACGAUCCACAUAUCAACGACGUAAUCGACGAAGGAACAGCCUGUUCUUAAAAGCUUUUGAGUAUUGCAACUUGUGUGAAGCAGACAUUGCACUGGUUAUCCGCCUGAAGCACAAUGGCCAGGUCUCCAAAUUCAACUCCAACAGUCAGUGGCAUCCGUCGCGCGAAGAGUUGGUAGGCAACCUUUACGACUCUCUUAAGGACAUGUCGUACCCAAAACCAAGAGAAAUAACUUGGGGCGAGCUAGCUGCUCAGUAUGAGAUAGGGGAGGCCAAGAUGUAA